CUUUCGGCAUCGGGCCCCCGGUAUUAUUCUUUUGUCCACCUCUUCCGUCAUCUUCACACCUUCUCCCAUUUCCCCAUCCCCUCCAUGCCUUCAAGUCCUAAUUCCUAUUCCUGUUUUUCAUAGCCUUGAUUAAGCCCUCAAGAGAUCCUCUAACCUAAUCAUGAUGCUGUACCGAGGGUUUUUCCCAGGAUUUUGCAAGAAUUUUUUUUAAAUUUUGGUAGUUUUGUUAACUUGAGAUGGAAUCGGAGGAUGAUAUGCACGACGCCAACGACGCGGAGUCGGGCGACGAUGAUUUCUACAGCGGAAUGGAUAGCGACGGAGACUAUGAUUACGACUACGGCGCUGCCGAUUACGAGUUUAUGGGUAACGAGAUUGAUGACUCAGAUGAUAUCAUUGAUAGUCGUGGCCAGAAGAGUUACACCAUCUUGAAGGAAGAAGAUAUACGUCAACGUCAAGAAGAUGACAUCAUGAGAAUUUCGACCGUUCUCUCUGUAUCAAGAGAAGUGGCUUGUCUACUGUUGCGGCGUUAUAAUUGGAGUGUUAAUAAUGUGCAUGAGGAAUGGUUUGCCCAUGAAGAACGAGUCCGCUUGGCUGUUGGUUUAUUGGAGAAGCCUGUUGUUCAAUCCUCAAAUGCCAAGGAGGUUGCCUGUGGGAUUUGUUUUGAGAACUAUCCUCUUGACAAGAUAAGUGCUCCUGCAUGCGGUCAUUCUUUUUGUAAUACAUGCUGGCAAGCUUACAUUAGCACAUCUAUCAAUGAUGGCCCUGGUUGCUUGACGCUGAGGUGUCCUGAUCCCUCCUGCUAUGCUGCUGUUGGACAAGAAAUGAUUGCUAGGCUGGCGUCUGAUGAAAAUAAGGAUAAAUAUUAUCGUUACCUUCUUAGAUCAUAUAUAGAAGACAACAGGAAGACCAAGUGGUGUCCAGCCCCAGGUUGUGAUCAUGCUGUUGAAUAUGUGGUUGGAAGUGGGAGCUAUGAUGUUACUUGUAGUUGUUCAUAUAGCUUUUGUUGGAAUUGUACAGAGGAAGCUCAUCGCCCUGUGGACUGUGAGACUGUGGCUAAGUGGAUUUUGAAAAACAGUGCCGAGUCAGAAAACAUGAACUGGAUAUUGGCGAAUUCUAAGCCUUGUCCAAAGUGCAAACGUCCAAUUGAGAAGAAUCAAGGUUGCAUGCACAUGACUUGCACACCACCUUGCAAGUUUGAAUUUUGCUGGCUAUGUCUUGGUGUAUGGUCAGAACAUGGUGAGAGGACAGGUGGUUUCUAUGCUUGCAACCGUUAUGAGGCAGCAAAGCAGGAGGGGGUGUAUGAUGAAGCCGAACGCAGGAGGGAGAUGGCCAAGAAUUCUCUGGAGAGAUAUACUCACUACUAUGAGCGGUGGGCAACCAACCAGUCGUCAAGGCAAAAAGCUCUAGCGGAUUUGCACCUAAUGCAAACUGUGCAUCUGGAAAAGUUGAGUGAAAUACAAUGCCAACCUGAGUCACAGUUGAAGUUCAUAAUUGAAGCUUGGCUUCAGAUAGUAGAAUGUCGGAGGGUUCUAAAAUGGACAUAUGCUUAUGGCUAUUACCUACCUGAGCAUGAGCACACCAGGAGACAGUUUUUUGAGUACUUGCAAGGGGAAGCAGAGGCUGGUUUAGAGAGGCUCCAUCAGUGUGCAGAAAAGGAACUACAGAAUUACCUCCAGGCUGAAGGUCCUUCGAAGGAUUUCAAUGAUUUUCGCACGAAGUUAGCUGGUCUGACUAGUGUGACCCGAAACUACUUCGAGAACCUGGUCAGAGCAUUAGAAAAUGGUCUUUCGGAUGUGGACUCACAAGGAUCUUGUAGCAAGACAUCAAGCUCAAAAAAUGCAACUGCUAGCAGCAAGGGAAAAGGUGGUGGCAAGGGAAAGGGGUCUUCCAAGACAGGAGGGUCUAGCAGAAACCUUGAUGAUUCUGGUAAUUGGGCAUGUGAUCAGUGCACGUAUUCAAAUGUUAAGUCUGCAACUGCAUGCCAAAUGUGCCAGCAUCGUCGGUGAAAGAGUCCUCAAAUGGUUUUGCUUGGACAAUAUACCUUUUGGAACAACAUAAGACGACUUGCAGAAGAAUUGCAAGGAGUAAUUUAAUCUAUUAUUUGAAGGUGAGGAGGAUUUCGAGAUAGAUCUGAGAAAAGUGGCAGCCAUAUCAUUUAUCUCACGUUUGUGUUGUAGAGUUGUAGUAAUUGUGCUUUCACUGUAAAUAGUUUCUGCAAAUGUAUUACCCCGACCAGCUAUGAAGCUUCUUGAUUAAGAAGGCCGACUGAUUUAACGUCACAGAGACUGCCAGUUGGGUACAAAAUAUUCCCCUUUGUAUCAUUCUGGAAUGAUGUGGCUUCUUUGUAUAUGCAUGUUUAAUGGAUUAGGAUGUUUGACUAUUCACAGGGGAGUUGCCAUUAGUCCUCUUGUAAUCUUCUUAGUGUAUCCUACAUGAAGCUGGAAAGCACGGGUAAUCAAAUAUAGUCUUAGUUGAAGUGUGA